CACCGGGUGGCUGUGUGCACUCCGUGGUCCCGGCGCGAAACUCUGUUGCUGCUCGAGUUCGUGUGGAACGCCCGGAAGGCCAUGCUCAAGUCGACAACAACAACACCACGGCCUCGUUCUGCCGGCCUGCUCGGCGAGCAUGGGGUGGUUAUAAGACCAGGCUGCCCGGCUGCCAUGUCCAACAUCUCUUCCGCCUCUGCAACAAAAUCUCUGCAACCAACAUCUCUGCGUUCUCAAACAUCCAACUCAUCCAUCACUUUACUUUGACCCGCGACGACACCAUGGCUCCAUUGCGACUCGACCCUGAACUGGCCGCCGUCAUGGCAGCAUUAGCACCAGCUGGCGGUGCUGAUUCGCAGUCCCCAUUCCCAGCCGUGCCGACUGUCGCGUCGUUCCGCCAGUCGUUCAAGGACUCGUUUGAACAAGUCUGCUCUACCAUCGAGUGGCCCGCAGGCAUGCAGACGUCGACCCACACCACGACCUCGCUCGACGGCUCGACCCUGGAAAUCACCCGCUUCCUGCCCGCCAAUGCUGGCCCCGCCCGUGCUGUUCUCUACGUCUUUGGUGGCGGCACCAUCGCCGGCUCCGUAGAGCAGUCCCGCAACCUCAUUGCCAGGACCGCCGCCGCCACUUCCACCCAGCACUUUGGCGUCCACUACCGCCUGGCCCCGGAGCACCCCUACCCGGCCGCUCUCGAGGACGUCUACUCGGGCCUCGUCUGGCUCCAGGCUCACGCCGCCGAGUUUGGCGUGGACCCGGCGCGCCUCGUCAUCGCGGGCGCCAGCGCCGGCGGCUUGCUGUCUGCCGCUGCCGCGCUGUACGCCCGCGACCACAAGCUGGACCACCCCAUUGCGGGGAUGCUGCUGCGGUAUCCGAUGCUGGACGACCGGACCGUCCUCGCGGAAGGCGAUGCGCUGAAGCCGUUCCUGGCCUACACGACUGAGUCGAACGAUCUGGCGUGGGCGUGCUAUCUGGGCAGACCGCGUUCCGAGAGAGGAGACGACAAUGUCCCCAUAUAUGCCGCACCUGGUCGCGCCACGGACCUGAGCAACCUGCCCCGUGCAUAUGUCGAUGUCGGCGGGCUCGACUUGUUCCGCGACGAGAGUCUGGCGUUUGCGUCCAGGCUUGCUGCGGCCAACGAGGACGUCGAGUUCCAUUUAUUCCCCGGUGUAAUACAUGGCUUUGACUUUAUGGCCAUGCUGAGCGUGUCCAAGGCGGCUGCGGCAGCCGAGUACAGGUUCAUUGAGAGUUUCUAGGCAUGGUGACAAUCAUGAGAUGGGCACGGGAUAUGGCUUGUGAAUGGCGGUGUUCGAUAGUUCAGAGUGGCCCGAGAGCCGGUUCCCCAAGAAUAAAAUGGUAUUUCCUUUGCAC